AUGUGGUCCGAAGCCGGUGGCUCCAGACCUCGAUCUCGGGAGGUUGCGCGCAACAAUCAGGGGUUAGAACCAGAUGGCAAACGGGUCGGCGCGGUCAAGGAGCAGGACCAUGCGAAUGCUUGCCGAGGUGGGUUUGAGGGAGAGAGUUGGGGUGGUGGCGCCUCUCCGCUAGGAGCUCCGGUCUUGACCCCCAAAUGCAUGAGGUGA